AUGGGAACCAACGGGUAUCGCGUAUACUACUUCAAUGGUUUCUACUUCCUCUACUACUGUCACUAUGACUCUUAUCCCAGGGGCCUUGGCGUAGAAUUCUCUAAUGAAAUUCCCUCAGACCCCGAUGAGUACCAGAUCUACGUGGCCACCAAGAAAGCCGAAUUGCAAAGCUUGCUUACUCACCACGACCUUUUCAACCUGGGCGACACUCAGAUCUGGGAGGACAAAGAGGUUCCGGGAAAGGGGCCAAUUGACCAGCUCUUCGUAAUGAAAAACCCCCCAAAGCUCACAACGGCAGGACGUUGGGUCGAUUAUAUUUAUGAAAUCGAUUUGGAGCAUCACAUAUUCUGUAUCAAUGGGGAACCGCUGUUUGAUACGAGGAACAUGCCCUAUGGUGACGAGUUUUUGCUUUAUCUUGGGACGGACCUGUACGACCGCAUCUGCUUUUCGAAAACCACGCCUGAAAGACAUCGAUUCAAACUCCCUCCGCCGGCCACAGUCGACUGUGAUAUCCUCGACACGUACGACGGCUACAAUGUACAAUGCAUACCGGAUCCACACACGUUGCUUCGCUUACCAGUGAACUUACGCCCAGUUGAACAAACCCGCGUACGAAUCAUGCAAAUAUUUAUCGCUUCCCUGAUGCUUUCAAUGUGCAACCAAGAAGGAUUUGGUAUACGAGCAGUCCUUUCUCACUCUGUGCUCAACAUCAUCACAAAGCUCCGAAUCAUUUGUGAAACAUUUUCCAAUGCUCUUUUGUAUGCGGAAGAGUGGAGGUACCACGACAGCGUCUACGAGGACCGUCCUCAGCCUUGGAGAUGGAUCCUUGAGGACGAAUUUUGUUUGUUAGCUGUUCCACGCCUUGACAGCGAGCCUUUACUAAGAGCAGCAAUCGUGGAGCUAGUGCAAGCAGUCACCAGCUAUUUUGGGACCAAAACAAAUUCAGAGUCUGCUGUUACUGGUACAUCAUUUCAUGGAGUGAUCAUGUCACUGUACCAUAUCUCUAUCGUGCGUUUCGAGGUGGUAGAAUCUCCGGAAAAUAUCCAGUUUCGUGUGGAACACACUCCUUACAUGCCAUUCCUUCCCGAAGAUCACUGUCGUAGACAGGAUACACCAGGUAUCACUGCUCUGUCUCGUCUUGGACAACUUCUACACGAGAACACCCUUCGGCACAAACUCUUCACUAAAAAUGCAACUUACCACAAAGCAGCAUCCCGGAACACCUCCAAGAACACCUCAAAACUUGGCGUGAUUCCUUUGGAAAUUGCUCACAACAUUGCACAACAUCUUCCACCAUACUACUUGCUAUUUUUCGCCACUAUCUCUCCCGCGUGCGCCGGAGCAGCAUUUGAAUUUCUUCUUCACCCCCAUUUCCGGGAUGGUAAUGUGGCUAAUACUAUGUACUACGGGUUCCAUUAUAAUUCCUUGAAAGAAAAUUCAGUCCUGCUUCGGUGUCACAAGUGGUAUUGGUACCGCGUUCUGCCAAUAUGCGGUCCAGAAGUUGUUUUCUCCAUAGAAUCAGAUCCAGAUGGGGAUGAUGAUGAGGAAAGAAUUUCGACCUUAUCCUAUCGAGACUUAUACUUUUCGACAUUCUUUGCGGUGGAUGAAAAUGGAGAAGAAAUCAAGUUUCUACUGACAGCGUAUCCCCGGGGUUUUCAACCGCGCUUUGCUUUUCGGAGGAUCCAAGGUCACGAUUUGGCCAAAGAAAAUUGCAUGGAAAUAAGGAAAACUAGACAUUUUUGGCAUGAGUUUGAUGUAGCGUUUGCAGUCGGUCGGAGGAUCCAAGGUCACGAUUUGGCCAAAGAAAAUUGCAUGGAAAUAAGGAAAACUAGACAUUUUUGGCAUGAGUUUGAUGUAGCGUUUGCAGUCGGUCGGAGGUGGUGCGAGAGCGUGCUAUAA